AUGGCGGUGCGUCUGGAGGAUGACCAUCUGGUUGGCCACUGCCUGUGGAAGCGCUACGAGGGCAGGAAGUACUGGGGAAUAGUCUGCUUCAAGGUAGGUCGGCAUGCUGGUGGCCAAUAAGCCAGGAAUGACGGACGCUUCUACGCAGCACAGCGGCCGGUCAGGUGUGAUGUCGUGUUGUGGUUCCUUGUUUGUUUGUGUGCAGGAGCUGGCGGGGUCUGGGUCGAAAACAGACCCAUCCAAGACAGAUCAACCCAAGGUGAUUAUAUUGAGCAGCCAGCCGUGACAGACAGACACUUCUCAGCCCUCUCACUCUCGCCACUGACUGACUGUGAUGGUCUGUCGGUCUGUGUGCGUGUUUCUUUCUAUCUUCCUUUAUCUUUGAAGGAGACGUACUAUGUCAAGUACACGGAUGGAGAUGUGGAGCGGAUGCUGCCGCAGAUUGUCAAGUAAGGAACCAACACACACAGACAAACGAACGAACAGGCCAGCCACAAUAUGCACAACCGGCGUGAGAGAAAGGCACCAAACAGCCAUGUUUGUUGGGUGCGUUUGUUUGUUUCAUCAGGCUGCAGUCUGGGUUCGGCCGCAUAGAGGCGGCUGACUGGGAGGCCUCCGACGCACAAGGGGAGCUCCGGCCGCCGGCCGAGCUCAGCAGGCAAGGGCUAUCUCGCAGCACCUACUCUCAGCUCAUCCAGACCUUUCGCGACGUACGGGAGGAGCACGGCCUCUCCAAGACACUCGUCAGACCGAAAGAUGCCCCAAUCAGGUCUCGUCAGCCCCCAUCCAGCGGCAAGGACGGCACCGUCCCACCAAUGUCAUCAAGCGGCCCAGCUGGUGAGCGUGACGAUCUUGUCAAUGGCAACAGCUACUACGGGCGAUAUGGCCCCCUUGCCAGCACACGACGCUCCAGUCGUGUGCGCGAGAGCACCAGAGCUGGAGGCCCGAGGAGGUCGCCUGUGAGGCCUGAGGACGAUGAAGAAGCUGGGCCGAUCGCUGAACAAGUUGAUAUGGAUGGAGAUGUCCUCAUGGACGAGGAGUGGGCCGGGCAGCCGUCGUCGAAUGCUGCUGCUGCUGCUGGUGGUGGAGAUGGGAAGCCCCCCACCAGAAGUGCCGUCUUCAAUCGCAAACAGGCUGUCGCCUCGCGUACGUCGGGGGGAGGCAGGGGCAGGUACCUACCGACAUGCGGGAGUACAGGGCUGUCCUCCCUCUGUCUGUCGCAGGUUCCAAGAUGGAUCACGUUGAGACCUACUUGGAGCUCUGCGCCACAAUGUCAGUCAGGACAGCAGGGUCUUCGUCGUCGCGCUGUAUCUCCGUCUUACUCUCCCUUCAUUGCUUCGAUCGUGAUGUCACUGCAAUCCUUGCCUGUAGGUAUCAUGGUCAAGCUUACAGCAGCACUCGCGAAGCCAUCCAGGCACAAAUACUCCGUACGUCAGACACACACGGGCACCAUGCCACUCAGCUGGAGAGAAUGCCGCAGAUAGACGCCGCCUCUAGCUGUCGUGUGUUGUGUGUUGUGUGUUGCAGCCAACGAGAAGCGGCUACGAGUGUCGUCUGCGUCGGCGGCGACGAACAGUGCGACCAAGAUGACGCCCUUCGACCUGCUCAUCUCAAAAUACAGACACAGCCACACAAUAGGUAGCUGGGCACUCGUGCGACCUGAGCUUGGAAGCAGCUUCCAUUUUGAUCUAUGUAUAUAUGUAUGUGUUAUUUAUUUAUGUACAGAUCUGUGGGGGCCCAAGGAGGUCAUGAUAUUUGAGGUCAGUGCGGAGUGGGCGGGGCGGGCGACAAGAGGGAGGGAUGUAUGUGACAUCGUGCCUGCCUGCCUGCCUGCCUGCAGGGUGCGAUAUGUCGGUACGGCAAGGACUUCCACAAGAUCGCCAAACUGGUACACACCAGAAGACGACAAGAAACCAUGGCCGGCACCUUCUACUUAGGUGACACCCCUGUGUUUGUGGUGGUGUGUCAGGUCGAGACGAAGACAACAAAGGAGUGCAUCGACUUUUACUACCUCUGGUGAGGCCAACCACGAUGUCUCGGCACGUGCUUGCAUCGCCUCUGCACCUCACCUGUGGUCAUCCAUCCUGUCGUGUUUAGGAAGAAGACGUCUCGUUACAGGCAUUGGAAGGACCUCCGCGACCUGUCCGACACGAUCAAGAACACCUGGGACUGACUGACUGACUUGACUAGACCUUUAUCAAUCAUGUCAUAUAUGGAUGGAUGGAUGAGUCUCUCUCGGCCGACCGUCGCUCUUCAGCCGCCUCACCUGCAUGCCCUUGCCCAUGCCCAUGGUGGAUCGAUGGAUGCGAGAGAUGUAGACGCGGCUGACAGACGAGACAACGCAGAACUGCCUGCGUGUGUGUCUGGGCCGUGAAGUAGAAUAAUGUGAUGGAUAAUGGA